AUGGAUCGCGCAUCAGCCUCGACAACCAUUACAACAGAGGCGAUCAAAAAAAUAUGCGUACAGUUGGGUUACUACCGUAACCCCAUAUGUAAUGAGAAGCUCUAUCUUCAUCAUAAAGGAUUUGAUAGUAUAGAAGAGGACGCGUUUGAUCCGUACACGGACGUUAAGGUGUUAUGGUUAGAGGGCAAUGCAUUGACUCAUAUCUCAUGUGGUAGAGACAGUAUGCCACGUCGGAAAAUAAAACCGCAAUCGGAAGUUAGUGUAGAAGAACUGGCACCGAUGUUAACUGCCAAUGCCGGCUUCUCUAAGAGUGCUCAGCUGGAAAGUUGUAAAACCAAACAUGUGGACUGUUGUGGAGAUUGGGCAUCACCACCACCACCACUACCACAGGUCAGCGUUCUUGCAGAUGAACAGCAAGUCAACGUUACCGCACAUGCCAAUAAGCCUUUCAGUGCCGCUGCUCAUGAUGAAGCUACUGCUGAUGCAGCUGCUAAUGAUGGUGGUGAUGAUCGUCACACCAUUGCGUCUCCUAUUAUUGCAGCUGAUGGAGCGGGAGGCAAUCCGGUGACGACUGUCCCACCAAUCGCCACUAACAUUGAAGAGAGCAAAGAUGUAUUUCAAUCACUUUAUCCCACACUUCGACAGUUAUUCUUACACAACAAUGCCUUGCGGGAGAUGCCAGAUCUCAGCGGCUUCCAACGAUUAGAUACCGUUAACCUUUCAAACAACUGCAUCCACUCUGUGCGAGCAAACUGUGCAACCUUCUGUGCAAGGGUGGCACACUUUGAGACGGCGCUACAGGAAAAGGCGCAAGCCCUCAUGGCGAACUCAAAGAGUAUGCAGAAUGAGGUUUGUGCGCAUGAUGCCCGAUGGAAGCGGACGAUGCAAAGGAACCAUCGACCUAGUUGUGGUGCUGAAGAGAAUAAUAAUGCCAAUGAUAAUAAAAUGAAUGAAAACAACGCGGGGCCAGAUUCCACACUGCCAGCGUCACCCUUAGAGGAGACGUCAACGACAACCAUUGUGCAAGGGGUGGAUAACGUGGAGGGGGAGGUUGUAGUGGUGGAAAGAGAAGGCGGUGCGUUGCAUUUUGACUUGGAAAUGUGGCGGCAGCGGCUCAGUGCCUACGCUGACUUUUGCCCGCAUGAGCCUUUGGAAAUUGCGGAAAACGGCAAACUUUCCGAUGACGUGCCACCCAUGUGUCGCAACCCCUGCAGCUCCAUCCGCAGCCUCAACCUCUCCGCCAACUACCUCGCCGACGCAGCCGACAUUGUGCAGCUUCUGUGCUUCAAGAACCUCACCGUGCUAGACCUCAGCAACAAUCAACUGAGCAACGGGGAGGCGGUGCUGCUUAUCAUGGAGCGGCUGCCACGGCUGCGGUCGCUGAAGUUGUCGGGCAACCCACUCGUGCGGUCUCUGCCACGGUACCGCAAGAUGGUGCUGGCGCGCUGCCCGGGUUUGCUGCAUUUAGACGAUCGCCCCGUGUUUGCAGAUGAGCGGCGACUUGUUAUGGCGUGGGCCCGCGGCGGCGACGAGGCGGAGAACAAGGAACGACUGCUUAUGAAGGAAGAGACGGAUAAACAACACAUCCGACGUCUUGAGGAGUUUCGUGCGCUGGUCAACCGUUCCCGCUACCCUGACGACAGUAACAACAACAAUAAUAAUAAUAACAACCUCGCCGCGAAUGAUACCAACGCGGCGAGUAGGACCACCUCCACACUAACUGUGGGAACGUCAACGAGAAGGGAGGAGCGGCGCAAUCAGGGAGGAACUUACUCCCCUGCGAACCUCAGCGAUGAUGUUGAUGAUGAUGAUGUGACGAGCACGGAGACGGACGAGGAAGAGCCCCACGAAGAUGUUCACAUUAACAACCGUAUAUUCCGCCACACGGGAGAAACCGCAAUUUCACAGGAUGCCAUAAUUCCCGAAUUGCGGCGUGCACAAAUUGAACGAGCGCCGUGGAACGAAUUCGAUAGGACGAGAGUGCUGAGCUCCAACAUACAGCCCCAAAGUAGAAACCAACAGCGGCUUCCUCAGUAUGUUGCGGAAGAGGAUGAAGAAGACGGCGACGUUUACAUCCCAAGAACCGCAUCUUAG